ACGUGGGACGAUGUAAGAGAUUGUACGGAACCUAAACACGUGGGGCUUGUGUUCAAGAUUUCGUCGUUGACAUUGAGAUUUGGGCCAUUAUUUGUGUCUUUAUAAGUAGACUGGUAUAACUGCACAAGAUGUCUUGGAGAGGUGGUAGAGGAGGAGGAGGAGGAGGCAGUUUCAGAGGUGGAGGUGGAGGACGAGGAGGAGGAUUUCGGGGAGGGAGAGGAGGAAGGGGAGGCAGAGGAGGAGGAGGAGGUGGUGGAAAUUAUUAUAACCAAGGUCCACCUGAUUAUGUCACAGAGGUUGGCUCCUUCGUGCACCCUUGCCAAGAUGAUCUGGUCGUCCAAGGCACCAAUGAAAAGAUCCCCUACUUCAACGCCCCCAUCUUUUUGGAAAACAAGCAGCAGAUCGGCAAAGUGGAUGAAAUAUUUGGACAUCUCACAAAAUAUUUUUUCUCCAUCAAAUUAUCAGAUAACAUGUCAGCAUCAUCAUUUAGUAAAGACCAAAAGUUCUUCAUCGAUCCCAUGAAGCUGCUUCCAUUGCAGAGGUUUCUCCCCCAGGCUGGAGGGAGGGUCGCCAAGAGGGGCGGUGGAAGGGGUGGAUUCAGAGGGCGUGGCGGAGGAAGAGGUGGUGGAUUCAGAGGUGGACGAGGCGGUGGGUUCAGCCGAGGUGGUGGUCGAGGCGGUGGCUUUAGAGGGGGUCGUGGUGGGGGUGGUUUUAGCAGAGGAGGAGGAGGAGGCUUCAGCAGAGGUUUCCGAGGAGGAAGGUGAUGAGAGAUUUAGCUGGAGGAUUUUAAAACCUUUUUUAAAAGAACAAUCGCCACUGUUCAAUUUGCAUCACAUAGGAGUCAGGAUAAUGUUGCAUCCAAACGAUGUUCCCUUUCAUACAUCAAGGUGCUUGCAGUACUAUGCAUACUAAAUCUUGCACACAUGCUUAAUGUAUAGUACUGCUUUGUGCAAAUUAAAGGGAAGUUUCACUUUGGACACAGUCAAUGACAAUAAUGCGAUGUACAGGUAUUUCAAGAAUAUUGUUGAGUUUGAUUCAAAAUGUUAAUUGAAGUCAAGGGUAGUCUUAUAUAGCCAUUCACAAACAGGGAGGAGUGUCCUGUAAAAAAUGGACAGUUGACAACUAAAUUAUUCAUACCCGUACCUAGUUUAUAAUUCUGCAAGUGUGUGAAAAUUUGAUUUUUCCAAUAUUUGUUUCUAGAGGAUGUGACAUAGUAAAGUCUACAUCUAAAAGUUUUCAGCAAAGGCCCUGAUUCAACCAGUCCAUAAUUCAUUCUUGAGUUGCCCCCCCCCCCCCAAAAAAAAAA